AUGCCGUUUAAACAAGUAGUUUAUCUUUGUGUCUUUCUUUUGUCUGUAGAAGGACUGGAAGAUAAUGAUUUUAUAUCCGUGGACCUAGGAAGUAACCAAAACAAUCUGCAAUGGGACGUAAAACUACUGAGUCAUUGCAAACGUGACUCAGAUGAACCAAUCUCCAAGUUCUCCCCAGAAAAUUACGUAUAUGAAAAAAUUCAAGCCAAUGAUUAUGAUUUUCUUGUGUGUUUGUUCAAAAACAACGGUAUAUUAAAUUCAGAAGGUCAGUUGGUGGCAGAGAAAAUUGCAAAGUUCUUUUCAAUUAAUCAAGAGAACGCUGAAGAUAUUGCCAAAAAGUGUAAUUUACCAAGAGGAGCUAAACUUCCAGAACAAGCCUUACACUUUAUGAGAUGCUCCAGUCUGCAAUAA